UAACAAUAAUCAUCAAUGUUAAUUAUAACCAUUAAAAAGUUUAAGAAUUACGCGCCUCAUUUCCACCUUACAUUGGUUACUAUAUAUUUUAAGUUUGCCAAUGAAACGAAGUAGGUAAUACUUCACCAGUCUUUAAAAUGUAUUUAUUUCGAGGUCGAACAUUUAAUGUAAGUCGUAACGUAGCGAUACACUUUCACCCCGAAGCUGUACAAAGCACGUACGUUCCCAAACCGAUCAAUGAUAUUGCCAGUCGAGUAACUUGUUGCGUUGGUAUAUCAAGUGUUGCUCCGCCCACUUCUAAUAUAAGGAAAAUGGCAGAUAAAUUAAGUCAAGAGGACCGUGAUACCAAACUUGCUCCUCUGUUGUCAACAGGAUGGAAAGUUCAAACCAAUAGAGAUGCAAUUGAGAAAGAAUUUCAGUUUAAAAAUUUCAAUGAGGCAUUUAGUUUCAUGACUAGAGUUGCAUUGUUAGCUGAAAAAAUGGAUCACCAUCCUGAAUGGUUUAACGUUUACAACAAAGUUCAGGUAACACUGUCUUCCCAUGAUGUUAAUGGAUUAAGCAAAAGGGAUGUUAAAAUGGCAACAUUCAUGGACAACAUUAUUCAGUAGAUCUAUUUCAAAUAUUAUAUUAAAGUUUUAAUAUCAAAUACAACAAUUUUUAUGUUUCUGUAAAGAAACCUUAUGAACAUAUGUUUUUAAAUGUUACAAUUCUAUAAUUGGCAAAUAUAAUUGUAAUUUUACUCUAAUUAAUCAGUGUGGUUUGGUUUAAAA